AUGGAUGGUGCUGGGUUCCGCCGCACACAGUCGUUGCGGUAUCCAAAAGGUAAGGGUAAGUGCUUCUUUCUUCUGUUAGGUUGUUCAAAUAAUUCUGUGCCCUUAACUCGGAAAAUUUGCUUUUAUAGGGGGUACAGAAUUAAUUGAACAACCUUUAUAUAAAUACCUUACUUUUUGUUUAUAGUUAUGUUCUGAUUUUUGGCGUUUCUUACAAAAGCAGUAUACUGUAUUUAUUUUCCUCACCAAACCUAAUAUUAACCUUGCCUUCAUAGCUACUUCCCCUUGAACCCAAACUUUUAAAACCGACUUUCUAUUUAUAAAAACGUUCUAUUUCAGGCAGUCCAGUGAGUAAUGGACUGACCAGAAGAGGAUCGCGUGCCUAUCGCAGUCGCAGCACACGGAAGAGUAAGUUACAUUACACGACAUUCGAAACUUUGUAACGUGCGUGAUUUACAGCAAUAAAAGUGUGGGACGUCAGAGGAAACGUUGCGAUUUUAUUUUUGGUUCAGUGCUAUUUAUAAAAAGGUUCAAAUAAUUUUGUGCCUCGUAACCCAGAAAAUUUGCUUUGAAAGGGAGCACAGAAUUACUUGAACCACCUAAUAUUUAUAAAAUAGAAAACAUACUAUUAGGCUGCUUAAAUAAUUCUGUGCCCUUUAGCACUGAAAAUUUACUUUGAUAGGGGAACAGAAUUAUUUGAACGAUCUAAUAAUACCAAUUGAAAAAAUAAUAAAAAUAAAAUAAAAACUGAAAACGGUAUUUUUAACACUUUACUGUACGAUUUCAGUCUUUGAGUCAAACUCAUCACUCGCUAGGCUAACUCCAAACCAACGACAAGCUCUACAACAUUCAUGGAGGGCCUUGAAGACUCAAAUCACACAGUUAUCUCGUCGUAUCUUCCAAGAACUGGAAGUUGUAUGUCCAAAAGUUAAAGAUGUAAGUAGUAUUUUAUAUUUUACCACAAUAUCUAAAAUUUCUAAAAAAUCAAAAAUUUUUUUUCAUAAAAUACGGCAAAAAUUGUAAUUUAAAAGUGAAAUUUACUGCGAUUAUGUUUUAUAUAAAACUUAUCCCCAAACUUUUGAAAAAUCCUUAAAUUUACCUUAUUUUCAUGGAAGUUUCCCUUACAUACUAUACUAUAGUUAUACAUAUCCAGUUCAUUAUCCUAAUUACAUUUCAGAUAUUCUACAAGGCAGCGUUGGUGGACUGUUUUGUAAACAAGGAACCAGGAACACAAGGGACAUUAGACGAACAUGUCAAGUAUUUUGUCAAGUAUGUUGUUCUUUUUGAUGUUUAUAUGGUAUGGCAUCAUGACAUUUUAUAAAAAACGUCAUUUUAUAAAAUUUUGAGAACUUAUUGAGAUAUAAUUUGAAGAAAUGAUUGAGAUAUAGUACAAUAAACCGUUGAGAUAUGGUAUAUUAAUCAACAUUUUUUUAGAUUUUUCGAUGACAUUGUCCUCAACAUUGACUGUGAGGCCGCGGUAACCGCGAUGAUACGAAGAUGUGGCCAAUCACACGCCAUUCUGAAUCAAUCCUGCGGUUUUCACGCUGACAUUUGGGAGAAAUUGGGAGAAAUCUGCAUGGAAAAAGUUUGUUCUACUGAUGCUGUUACGGUACGUUCCAAUUUUCUACCGUAAAAUAUGUAUGCCACUUGCAAAACGUAACAAACCUUGUAUGCCAAAUGCAAAACAUAACAUACUCUGAAAUUUUAGAAAGUCCGAGAAGCUGGUAGAGCCUGGAGAACGUUGAUAGCGUUCCUAACUGACGAACUUCGAUGUUCUUUUGAUGGAGAAGCUAAAAUAUAUUCUAGGUAAGCCACACUGCUUAUCUUAUAAGUUAUUUUAUUAGCAUAUCAUACACAAACAUUUUCCUCAACUAUCGCAUAAAAUUACUAGAACUAAAAUACAGUUGCAGACGCUCAUCGCUUGAACAACAAUCACAAUGCCAAUCCCCAUCACAUUUGGAACGGAAUGGCGACGAACUCAGCGAUCGUCUACGAGAAAUGAGAGUUGAUUACCAGAAUGGCUACUAA